UGAUAUUAGGGUUAUUUAUGGGGGAGGAAAAAAACAUUUUCCAGAUGUUUUUAUAUUUAUUUAUUCUAUUCUCGCCAACAAACAGCAGAUGAUGGAGAUACAUUUCAUUGGCCAUGAAAUACUGCAGGAUAAUGGAUAUCACUCAGACAAUCCCAUGUGAAAUCUAGGAAUUGUUUUUUUGUUUUAGGUAAAUGCCUCCUUUGAUGUCUAUAAUUUGACACGUCCCUCUUACAAAGGAUCCCUCUUUUCUUGACCAGAGCAAACCACUCCCUAAGCUUGAGGUUUUACUGGUUUUGGCGUUGUUUGAGUCACGUUAAAAAGGGUUCACAUCAGCUAAGACUUUCAAUGUCUCCUUGGACUGGCCAUAUUCAGAAGCUUCUGUGGUCUGUAGAGGGGAGAUGCAUGUUUUGCUCUGUCUAGUUUGUGCCUUUGGCAUUUUUGGUCAGUAUCAUCCAGUACCUUUACCACUUGAAGAUGAUGGAUCGGUACCUGCUCAGAAUGACCUGUCCCUGGCAACAAAAUACCUGCAGCACUUCUACAGUUUCCAAGCGGACCCUGCAGGCCGCAGGAGGAGGAGUCGUCCCUCUUUCUCGUCCAAAUUGAAGGAUAUGCAGAGCUUUUUUGAGCUGAAUAGGACAGGAACCCUGAACCCAGAAACCCUCGCUGUCAUGAGGACUCCUCGAUGUGGUGUCUCAGAUGUGGAGGAUUACAGUCACAGACGUGGAAGCAGGUGGAAGAAAAACAUCAUCACUUAUGGUGUUGGGAGGUACACCAGUGACUUGCCAGUGAAUACAGUGGACGCUCUUAUCGCGUCGGCUGUGGAUGCAUGGGCAAAGGCCAGCCCUCUCACUUUCCUGAGGUCAUAUUCUCACCAGGCGGACAUCAUGGUGGAUUUUGUUGGAAACGAACAUGGCGACUCCUUUCCAUUUGAUGGUCCAGACGGCACGCUGGCCCAUGCUUUUGGCCCAGGGGAAGGGAUCGGUGGGGACGUUCAUUUUGAUGAAGCUGAAACAUGGACAGCUGGGUUCAAAAGAUUUAACCUGUAUGUGGUAGCUGCACACGAGUUUGGUCAUGCACUUGGUUUGAAACAUUCGCAAAACCCAGAAUCUGUGAUGUAUCCGACAUAUAAACAUAGUAAAACACAAAAUCUGCUCUCCAGUGAAGAUAUCAUAAACAUCAACGCACUCUAUGGGCCAAGGGACAAAAGGCCCAUUCCAUCUUCAAGAUUUAGCUGGGGCUAUCCCAGCAACCCCUGGUUCAGCGGUUCGUAUUUCCCUGUGUCAUUCAAGGACAAAUGUAAUCCCGAUCUGACUUUUGAUGCUGUGACUACUGUAGGAGAGGCUAUUUUCUUCUUCAGGGACAAGUACUUGUGGAUCAAGCACAACAAUCAAAAUGAUAUAAAGGAAGGCCCCAUCAGCAAUUUUAUGCCAAAAAUUGAUUGUCAGAUUGACGCUGCUUAUUGGGUCCCACAGCGGUCAACAGCAUAUCUGUUCAACGGUACGAUUUUCUGGACAGUGAAAGGAUCCCAAGUAAAAGGCAGAGCGAAAAACAUCAGCAGUCUGGGGUUCCCGUCAUGGGUAGAGCAGAUAGAUGCUGCGGUCCACAUUCACAAAACUGUACACACCCUAUUCUUCACCCAACAUCAGUACUGGAGGUAUAACGAACACAACAAGACAAUGGAUGACUCAAGCCCGCGGAACAUUUCUCAUGAUUUCCCAGGAAUAAGUGGACCCAUAAGUGCAGCCAUUUACAAGGAUGGUUGUCUUCAUUUCUUUGUUGGCUCAGAUGUGUAUAAAUAUGACGUCAAACAUAAGGAAAUUAUUGGAGCAGAUAAAACACCUUCCUGGCUUGGAUGUUAAUGGAUAUUUAUUAUACACCUAUAUAGUUCCUAAAUCUUAUUUUUGCGAUUCUUUGUUUAGUGCCACUGAAGUGGUUUAGAAAUGACACACUUCACCUGUAAAGAUGGUAUUAAUUAUGUUGUAUUGAAUUGCAUUGAAUUUCAUGUGAUAAAUGCAUCUACUGUUUGUCUUUGGAAUAUUUUUAAUAUGCAAAUAUAUCAAAAGAGUUACAAUGUGAUAUAAAUUAAAAUUUUCAUCUGACAACAAAAUGAUAAUCAAAAGUGAAUGACUGUAUCAUUACUUCUAAAAAUAACUUGAAAAUAACUUGCUUGCAACUUGCAUGUCUGACCAAAGUAUUUAGCCUGAAUAUGCACUAAUCGGCUUGUAUUUAUGAUUGCAAAAGUGAAAAGUACUUCUACUUGCUUUUCAUGCUAAAUUAACUUUUAAGAAUAUCCAAAAUGAACAGUAUAUAAAAUCAUUACUACAAGUCAUGUCACAAUCAUAAUCCUCUUCACUCCUCCAUAAACCCACUAAUACUUCUGAUGAAAAGCUAGACGUGACCUCAUUUUGUGGAUGACAAAAGCCAUCCACAAAAGCCACUAAAUACCUGACAGUAAAUUCUUGUCGAGGGCCCGGGUCCCACGUGAUCGAUUACUACCUUAAGGUAUGCUUGAGUUGUAUAAGACACAGACAUAAAAGCGAGAACAUGAGUGUGCCAUGUUCAAAAUGAGCUGGUUGUGCAUAUCCAACAUCUUUUACUUCACUGAUCAUCUUUGAUUUGUAUUAGAAAAAUUGCAUUAGUGUCAUAUAACUAAUGUUUCAAAGAUAGCUACAUUUGGUGUACAUGGUGCAACAUCAUGUAAAAA